AUGAGUCUGAUGCUGUGAUCAUACCAGAUGCAUUUUAAUGUCGCAGUGUGUCUCUCUGAUGAUGCAUAUAUUAAACAUCCCUGUCAUUUGUUUGAAAGGAAGAAAAGGUUGGCCAGUCAGAUGAUUAAAACUAACAGAUGCAUCUUGAUUUACAGUGUAAACAGAUAUACCAGACACUGUGUUUCAACAGGUGGUUACCACAGCAUCUGCUCUCUGUUUUGGCACUAAUGAGUGCGGAGAAGUGUGGCAACGCUGACAGGAAAUGUUGAGAGUUGACGGUUUGGUGGUCUUUUAGCAAACCCCAGGAGGGUGGCAGGGUGAUUCAUGCGAUGGAGCCAACCAGGAGGGAAGCAUCCUGGGACUGCCACAAAUUAUUAUAGAGCUGAAAGAGCGUAAACAAAGGGACACCUUGGAAAAACACCUGUCAUGCAGCUCAUGGAAAUGUGUUUUUUUGUUAAAGCUUAAUAUUAACUUAUUCAGAAUUUUAAUUCACAUCACCUUUUGUAUGAGCUAGAUCUUUAAUUUCACAUUUAUUAUUGUUCAGUGUCUGUAUCUCAUCACUUAUGUUGUCAUAUUUUUAGCAUUGGGAUAGUUUGCAGUGCAGCAGCCUGUAUGAAGGGACAAAGGGAUGUGUACCUGUUUGCUUCUCAAUCUGGGGUUGACUGGACACAUGAUGGCACUGUCGAGACAGACAACUAAAUAGACUGUAAUUACAUCAGCAGGACCUUUUCCUCACCAUGAAUAACCAUGUCGUGUCUAAAUGUUGGUUUGACUAAGAUCGUUUGGUUUGAGAAAGGCUGAUUGAAGUUUUAUUGAUUCUAAAGGAUCGCCUGUGUGGCGAGGGAGUGUGAAAGUUGUGUCUUUGGAGAUUAGUUGAACCUGUUUAAAUUUCCCAAGUGAAUGUGAUUGUGUGUGAAGGAAAGAGAUGGAUUAGUGUUUUAAUUGCAAUCAGUCUCAGCAUCAUAAAUAAAGACAUUAAAACUGGUCAGUCUGCAGCCUUAGCAAGCAAGCAGAGCUGUCUCUAUGGAAAUUGCUUUCGUCAUAACACUUCCUAUCAAGCCCGUGUGUUGGGGCUUUGGUCGUGCAGCAGACACAGACCCUUGACAGCACAUUACCAAGAUUGCUGGGUGGAGGAGACGACAUUAACAAUGAAGCACGGCCCAGAAGCAACAGAUUAUUUUAUUGUAUAACUUACUUGCUUCAUUCCUCCUCAAUGAUAUCUGAAGAUUCCUUUUUUCUUCACCUCACAUGACACUGAAUAUAGCUUUUGUUUCUCUCUCCUGUUACAUUGUUGGUGCGAUGUAAUGAUGAUAUGACCCUAAAUUAGUUUUAUUGAUGUGACCUUUAUCUCAAAUGCUCACUCCUUCUAAAGGCUCUUUGGUUUUAUAUCACACCCUUGAAGAUUAAUGAGCUUGUAAUAUCUAUAGAACCCGCUGCUCUGAAUUGUAUAUAUAUAUAUAUAUAUCUAUAUAUCUAUGUACAUACUGUCCAUAACCCUCCACCCCUCUUGUUUGUUCAGCUUUGUUGUCCUUGUUCCUGGCUGUAUAUUUCUGUGUAGGUAAAUUGAGAGCAAUGUAAUGCAAAAACAUUAAGAGUCAAAUUCCUUGUAUGGGUACGUAGCGGUUACUUGGCCAAUAAAGGUGAUUCUGAUUCUAAACAGUUUUUAAUUCAUAAUGAUAUUUUUCCAACGUUUUAUUAAAAUCUUGGAUGCAUAACUUUUAUUUGUAACACUGUGGUAUUGCUACUCUUCCACCCAAGCUAUCAGGAGAUAACUGGCUACUUUUGGAAGCAGUUUGUUGCGCUUGCUUGAGAGGCAGGGGGCAUGUGAUUGGCUGGAGAAAUGAUUUGAUAAUGAAUAUCCAAUAAAACUAUUACAAUAGGAAUAAUGAUAUAACAUUUUACACUAAUGAGUUACAUUUUAAUAAUUGCUUCAAUUGUUGUUUUAACUAUAAAGUAUAUUUUACACAAUUCAUUCGUUUAUUUUUUUCAUUAUGACAGCUUUUGUGUCAUAUAAUUAUCUGAUGAUUCUUUUGGCCUUUGUUUGACAUGUGACAACAAACCAGAAUCCUAAAAGCAACACCAUGCCUGGACUCAUUAACAAGGAGAACCGGAGCGCUCUGCCCCUCAGUGUCUCUGAUAUCACUUCCUGUGUCAGGGGUUAUACUCUGGCCAUGACAGCCUCUAUGACCUAUGAAAACAUUGAGGAUCAUGCAAUUGAAGGGAUCUUCAUUUAUCCACUGGAGGAAAAUUCUAUUGUGGUGGGGUUUGAGUCCAUGAUAUCGAGUCAGAUUAUAACACUGCAAAUUAAAGACAAGGCAAAAAUUGACGACUGUUAUGUGGAUUGCUGCAACACAUCUAAUGGAGCCCUCCAUAGUGGCAGCGGACAUAUAGUGAUUGAUGAGGAUUUGGAGAGGACAGUGUUAGUAGUUAACCUCGGGAUCAUUCCUCCUAUGGAGACGGUCCAUAUUCUGGUGAGCACCUCCUCUGAGCUAUCCACCCUGCCCAACGGAGGCAUCAGGGUCUCGUCCCCACCGGUGUGUACACCUCGGGUACAGAGGACCAUCAACGAGGAGCAGGGACUAUCCCCAAACUUCUCCAGAACGCGGGACAUUCCUCACGAUCAAACUCCCAACUCCCCUCAGCUGUGGUUGGCUUCACUGCUGGAGGAGGAGGCCAUCAACUCCAUGGACUACGAGUUUAACUUCCAGCUGGAGAUACGGGCUCCCUAUCUCCUCGCAGGUGUAGAAAGCCCGUCUCACGCCAUCCGAGCUGAUGCAGACCCUCUGGCUCGCUCUGCCACAAGCAUCGUUAUCACGCUGGCUGACAAGUACACUUAUGACUGUCCUGUUAAAAUCCUCAUCUACCCCAGCGAGCCUCAUCUGCCAAAUGUGCUCAUUGAGAAUGGAGACAUGACGCAGGAGGAGUACGAUGAAUACAUUCACGGCCGGAGCGAUUUCAUCAAGGCUGCCAAGAAGGACUCCAGCAAUAAGAGUAAAAUCGAUAUCAUUCACAGGCGACUCCACAAGGACAUCCUCCACAACCCUGUGGUCAUGUUGAACUUUUGCCCUGACCUCAAGUCCAUCAGUUCAGACCUGAGGAAGGUUCACGGCGAGUUUAUCUUCCUCAUCGACCGCAGCGGCAGCAUGAGCGGUGUUAACAUAAACUGCGUGAAGGAUGCCAUGGUGGUGAUUCUCAAGAGCCUCGUUCCAGGCUGCCUUUUUAACAUCAUAGGCUUCGGCUCCACAUUCAAAUCACUAUUCACAACCAGCCAGAACUAUGAGGAGGAAGCCCUGGCCCUGGCUUGUGAUUAUGUUCGGAGGAUCAGAGCCGACAUGGGGGGGACCAACGUCCUGGCGCCGCUCAAUUGGAUCCUGAGGCAGCCGAUGUUCAGCGGACACCCCCGCCUACUCUUCUUGCUCACCGACGGAGCCGCCAGCAACACGGCCAAAGUUAUCGAGCUGGUCCGCAGCCAUGCACGCUACAUCAGAUGUUUUACUUUCGGCGUAGGACAGAAGGCUUGCAGGAGGCUGGUGCAGGGACUGGCGACAGUUUCCAAAGGAACAGCAGAGUUCCUGGCUGAAGGAGAGAGGCUGCAGCCCAAGAUGAUAAAGUCGCUGAAGAAAACCAUGUCUCCAGUACUCAGUGAUAUUUCUAUUGAAUGGCUCUUUCCUGAGACGAAAGAAGUGCUGCUGACCCCUGUGGGCAACACUUUCCUGUUUCCAGGGGACAGUCUGAUUGGCUACAGUGUGGUUUGCGACGCCACCCGCUACCACGCCAACCCCAAAUCUGAUAAGAGGAGGAGAUACAGCAUGAUGCGCUCCAUUGAGUCUGCCAGCUCCGUGUUUUACCAAUCUCAAGAGGAGGAUGCGGUGAAGACAGGUAGCGACUUUCAGGGCUCCUCCAGAGAAGCACUGCUGUAUGAUUCCUACCAGGACUCCAUGACAGACAACCCUGCCACCACAGAGCAAGACACCGUGGGGUUGGAUUGUCAGACGUCUCCAAGAAGGCGUGCAUACAGCACCAACCAGAUAACAGACUACAACCCGGCAAAGAAGUUCUUCACUCCCAGUGAUCCCAGCUCUGUGGUGGCAAAGAAUCCACUGAGGAGAGUCAAAGUCCAGGAGCUGAUAGGCCAGAUGAGCCCUGAGCAUGAGGCCCAGUGGAGGAACGACUACCAGCCACAGUUGGCAAGCCUGUGUGCCACAUCUUCCAGAGGGCAUCCAGCCAGCUGUCACAGGCCGCUCACUCAACAGGAGCCGCUCCUGCAGCAGGAAGUGGACUCAGAGCUUCAUUUCCAGCCUCAAGAAAAUCCUCAGCCCAGCAGCAUCAGCACGCCGCCUGCAGCUCGCAACUCAGCUGGAGAAGAUGGAUCCAGGUCGUCCACUGACAGCCCUUCUGUUGGCAGCGUUGGAGAUACGGAUGGCUAUGGACACCAGCUAUGUCAAGCAGAAACCCCACAGGAGACCCAAACUUCAGAUCUGGGUGCAGCCAUCCAGCCCAAAGGGGACUGCAAGGCCGUGGUGUCCGGGCUGCUGUGUGGGAAACCAGUGAAGUGGGAGGUCGUCUUUGAUAUCGAGCCCUUCCUGAACGGCCGAGAACGUGAGGAAAAGGUUCACGAGGAGCUGUGGAACGAGACCUUCCACCACAUGGCUGGACGCUCCAUCAUACGUGACUUUGAGAAAAUGGUGGAUAAGGAGUGUGAGAUUGAGCACGGCUCUGGCAGGAAGUACCAGCUAUAUGCUAUUCACACCAGCAAGGCCUGCAAUAUACUGAGCAAAUACACAGCGUUUGUUCCCAUUGACCUGGACACUAAUGAGUAUUUGCAGACAUGUAUUGAAUACAUAAACAGUGGUGAAGGUCUGAAGCGGGGCUCGCAUUCAAGGUCUCGUUCAGGGAGCAGGAAGAACAGAGGGUACUCCAUAGGUCUGGGUCGCUCUCAGUCUGGUGGCAUGUCUGAGGAAGCUGAAGAUGUCCUGCUGCCCAACAAUGGAGAGGAUGGCGUCUCUCCAUGCAGCACCCCCUCCUCCACCGGCUGGGAGAGAAGUAGCUUCACAGAGGGUACGUGCAACACAUCAACCGUCUUCCAAAGGAGUCCGUCUGUGACUUCUGACCAAUCACAGAAAUUGGUGGAGAGCCUUUUUUCUGCCAGGUUGGCCCUCAGCAGGACCCGUCUCCUGACUCGGGCUGCCAAAGGAUUCAUGGGUCGAUCUCACAGCAAGUCCGGUGAUUCAAUUGGAGAGAGUGACAACGAGAACAAAGACUACAUUCCCCUGGUGUUGUUGCAGUUGGCUUGUGGUGCAUUUCCGCUAGACACAGCUCUGUGUGAAGCCAUCAGUGUGCCCAUGGACAAGUUAAAGUGGACGUCCCCCUUCACCAGCCACCGCAGCAGCCUGGGCCACCUGUCUCACUCCAGCAGCCGCCGUGCUGAGAGUGCCGAUGACGGACACAGAUCACCGUGUGAAACAGAAACAAAUCAUCAACCUGCAGAACACACUGUAGGCAUCUACAGGCCUUCUCAACUGCCCAGGAGUUUGUGGACGGAUGCUGGUCCUUCCACGUUAAGCAGCCCAUCCACGGCGUCUGAGCCCCCACUCUCCCCAUACUCCCAGGUGGACAGUGGACGGGGCUCUGGGUCAGGGGGCUUGGAAGCAGCAUCGCCCAGCAGUGUGCCAAAGAGAAUGCUGGAUCCAGAGAGCAUGGUGUGGGCCACCGCUGUGGCCCUCGCUUGGCUGGAGCACAGCUCUGCCAGUCAUUUCAUAGAGUGGGAACUCGUAGCUGCCAAGGCCAGCAUGUGGCUGAAUGCGCAGCAAAUUCCAGAAGGCCGAGACUUAGCCUCCGUCAAGGCUACUGCCAACCAGCUCUUCAUGAUCCUCAGACACUGGGAUGAAAACCUGCAACUAAACAUGCUCUGUUACAACCCUAACAGUGUCUGAGGCCUGCUAAUCCAAGGAUGAAACAGACCACGGAACGCACUCAAUUCCAUACUAUGCUAACUGGGGCUGUAGUAUUCUCUGUUUGUCCUCUGGAGUCUGAUUUUGCCGCUGCAGUUGUGAACAAUAUGUAUUGUCUUCUGUUAUGUGCUGUAUCUCCAAACAUAUCACAGGCUCUUCAGAGGCACUAUGUGCAAGCUUUUACCUCGCUGGUGCCACAUACUGUAGCUGGAUCCCUGUUAGCUAAAGGAUCUAAUCAGAUUUAUUCCACAGAUUUGAGUUUCAUGGCAAAGAACGUCAGUCUUAAAUUAGUAGCAUGCUGGACCACUGACUGUCAACAUCUGAGAAAAGCUCUUAUUGUCAUCACAUUGAUGUUAUGGGGUGAAUGCUGCAAAACGAUUGUAAGAGAAAAACUGUUCGACCGAUUGACACAUACAGAUUUUUCUGAAUUGAUUGUGUUGUGGAAAAAAAUGUUACAUGACAACAUCUGGGUACUUGCAAGCAGUACUGCCUGUCUUUUCUAUUACCAUUACAGUGUUCUUAAUAUUUGCCAAUUACUGCAGACACAGAAAAAUAUGCAAAAAGCUAAAGAAAAUAUAAAAUACAUGUUAAAAUGUGUUUAAAAAAUAUGUGGCUUUGGUGGGAAUCUAUGAAUGUGUAUCCCACUAGCAUGUCAUUUACUGUUUAUUAUUUAAUGAUACCUAUAGUUUAUAUUUGUAUACCUGUGUUAGAGGUUAUGAUCAUGCAUUAGUUUUUUGAUUCAAAGAGAGUAACACAGACCUGGAUUCAGUAGCCCCCAAACAGAGGGUGCAAAAUUAACCUCGUUAUAACUAAAUGUUUACUGUGUAAUAUGGAUAUUUACACCUCACUAAUUUAAAAAGGGGUUGCAUCACACAAACCAGAUCUCAUAACAUGAGAUGUCCAAGACUUCAGCUUCCCCACACACAUGAAUGGCAAAAAAUAAUUCCAUUAGAAAGAUGCACUCAGUAGAGCGAAGAUCUCCGCCAGGUGUGUCUGCAACAACCACUACUGUAAUGUGUGAUUGAAUGAAUACAACCCACAAUUGGGUGACUCCACUGGUCUUGAGACUGAUGGGCUGUAAGGCAUCGUAAAACACACUUAAGCAAACUUAAAAACAAGCUGCGAUGUACGCAGGCAAAACGGCUCGAAGUUGUCGCAUAUGACAUUUCAUACAAACUUGAUAAAAACUAAAUUAAACUCACGUUCACUGCCACCGCAGAGCAAAACAAACAGACAAGUUUUAUUCCAACAUCUGAGGUCCAAUGUUUUAAUACUCUGGCUCUCCUGUUUGGACAACUAGAGUUAAAUAUUACACAUUGUGGACGUGUCCUGACAAGAGAAGUGAGUGAGAAGUUAGCAGACAAUAACUGGCAGGCAAUAAAAGAUGUUUUGAAAAAGUGUGAGUCACUGCAACCAUGAGAAGUACUUGAGCAUGCAGCCAUAA